AACAUUUAUUAAAUUAAUUAUUAUUACAGAAUACUCUAAAAAAAAUGUGCUGUUUUUUCUUUUCUUAAUGUGAUAUCCUGAAAAAAAAAAAAAAGAUAGUGACAACUGGUCUCCCCUCUAGUCUUUAGGGUCAAAGGUCAAGUCUUAUUCCUGCAAACUUGUCCAAAAUAAGCCUAAGCAAUAGGGAAAGUUUAAAAUCUUUCUCUCUUCUCCUUAUUCCUACAGAUACAUUGAACAAGCACAAGGAUAAGUAGAGGAGAGAACUCCAUCAAACAGAAUGUCAGAUACGCCUUUAGACUCGAAUACUCAAAACAUGGAAGGGGCAGGUGUUAAGAAUGACGCUGGUGAGGCGGAUACGGCGGUGGAAACUGUCGGAGGAACUGGUGACGAAGGGGGACGUGGAGGGACAAUUCCUGGCGAGAUAGGUGAUGAUAGGCGUACGGAGGAUGUGGAAGAGAAAGAAGACGAAGAAGAAGAAGAAGAGGGCAAAGAGGACGGGUCAAAGGUGGCUGAAGAGUUCUACGAAGUUGAAGCUAUCCGUCAUAAGCGAGUUCACAAAGGUGAGGUGCAGUAUCUGAUCAAAUGGAAAGGAUGGCCUGAAACUGAUAACACCUGGGAGCCUCUAGAGAAUCUGCAGUCUCUUUCUGCUUCUAUAGAUGCAUUUGAAAAACGUUUGAAGAAGGCUGAUAAGAAGCGGAAGAGCCAGUAUGGAGGUUCUAAUUCUCAGUCGAAGAAGAAGCAGCAGCAACCGUUAACAUCUACACCACCUGAUGCUUCUGAGAGAACCGAUCCGACACUCAACGAGCUAAGGGGACCACCAGUCAUCAACAGUGACGGUGCGGGGAGUUCCCAAGAGGGAGGAGAAGGCAUCGGAUCUGAGGGUGAUAAUGCAAGAACAAAUGGCCUUCUCGAGGGUAAGCGUAAGGAGAAGAGUGGUGUCAGAGGUGCUAAGCGGAGGAAGAGUAUUGCGAAAAAAUACACGAUACCAGAUGAAACCACAACAAGUAACAAUCAGCCAACAACAGCUACCGAUCAGAACGAGACACCAAACUUGGACAUCGUGAGGAUCAUCAAGCCAGUGGAGGUUAUUACUUCUAUAACAAACAAUGUACAAGACUCGUUGGUAACUUUCUCGGUGCAGAGGGCUGAUGGGGAGGAAGUAACGGUUGACAACAAGUUUCUCAGGGCUCAUAAUCAUCAUCUGCUGCUUGAUUUCUACGAGCAACAUAUCACAUACAACUCCGAAAGUUAAGGAAAAUGUUUGGAAACAGUGGUGCUUGUAGGUAGAAUGAGAUUAGAUCUGUAGAAUGGAGGUAGUGGAGAGCUGUUAUUCUUGGAGGUGUGAGAUUGUAUUCUUAUCUCCUCUGGUUCGUUUAUGAGUUCACUUUCAGUUAUAUCAAUGUAUCUUGGACUUUACAUUUUUCUGUUAUAGCAAAUCUUGUAUCUUGGACUU